AUGCACGCCGACAUCGCAAGAAAGAAGCUGCGCCGACGACUGAAGCGUGUGCACCGGGGCCCCGUCAUGGGCAGCCGCAACAAGAUCUUCCACGUGGCGGGGGAAGAUACUCGCUCAAUGUCGGCGCGCGUAGAGGAGCCGCUAGGUCAGGGGCCGGGGCGUGGGGAGGCCCAUUGGUCACAGCAAUGUGAACUUGAGUCGGCUCCCCACUCGCCUGCGCCUGGCGCACCGCUGCUGCCACCACGUUCACAGCCCGAUCGACUGCACCAUCGUGCCCGCGGCCGUUCCCGCCACGGCCCGCGCCAUUCCGCCGACCCCGACGGCCACCAGACCCUGCCGAGUGCGGACGCGGGGGGGACUGCUCGCGGCGCCCAGAAUCCCAGCGACGCCCAGGCGACCCCCUCCCCCGCCUCGGCGGAGAUCGCCGCGGAGAGCGCUGCGCGGGGGAUCGCGCUCGCGGUGAGCGCUGGGCUGCCCGACCUCGGGGGGAUUGGUGGCGAGGAGAGCGAGGACUCGCUGGAGACAGCUGAUCGCCAGCCCCAUGGCGGCGAACUUCGCGAUGCUCUGGGGAGCGACGGCGAGGAUAUUGCUGCCGCAGUGGCUGACGCGGUGGUGAACGCCCGUGCUCCUGACGAGGCGGACCUGCAGGGCGGUUGGACGCAACCCGAGCAGGGGCCCACGAAUACUCCGGCGAGGGGGGCUGAGGGAGGCCCCGAAGAAGAAGAGACAGCCCGCGCUCGAAACGGCGGACGGGCUCACUUGCGGAGGGGCGUGCGGAGGGACGCGGACGAGGCGUGGCAGGUUCCUGCUCCUGCUGCGCGCUCUCCGCUGUACCCUCUAGCGCAGGAUCAUGACCCCGGAGACGCGGCCCUUGGGAAUGGAGACGUUUUCCUACAGCUACAUGCACUUACCAACACAGCACUCGCUGGAAAACUGAAGGCAGACGUGGCAGAUCUCCUAACAGCGUCGCGCUUACUUGCCUUCUCGAAACCGCAGGGCGGAAUGCUGCCGAUAGCUGUGGGUGAAUGUCUACUACGCCUCAUCGCCAAGGCGGCCCUUUUUUUGGCCGUUCCAGCAGCGCGCGAGCACUUCACCCCGCUUCAGUUUGGAGUAGCAAUCGCGGGAGGAAUAGAAGCGGCAAUACACACCGCACGCAACUACCUGGAGGAGUUCCCAGGAGCAACGGCUGUGCAGAUAGAUCUAGCAAACGCCUUCAAUGAAGUAGAGCGCGCGGCAGUGUUCGAGGGCCUGAAAGGCACCGACCUCGAAGUCUUGGUGCACCUCGUCCGAUUCUCAUACGGCAACUCAUCAGCGCUCUAUCUCGACCAUGACUUUGGAGCGGAGCCACUCCAGAGUGCUCGGGACGUACGACACGGUGACCCGCUGGGACCCAUGUUGUUUGCAGCCAGCAUCCACCCUUGCCUCGUCCAAUCGGCAGCGGCACAUCCGGACGUGGUGUUUCUGGCGUAUGCAGAUGACAUCACUCCGCUAGGGGAGGCGGCGAACUGCACGGCGGCGUUCGCACACCUCACAGAAGCCCUCCGCCUUCAUGGCUUGGCCCACAACUCGGCAAAAUGCGAGGCGUGGUCCGCAACUGCACUAGACCCCGCCACCUUACCUGCUGGCAUCACGAUUUCCCAGGACGGAGUCCACAUCCUAGGCAGCCCCAUUGGGCCUCCCAGCGGCUGUGCGGUUCGAGUACGCGAAUGUCUCGCUGCAGCUACCGAACCUCUCAUGCUCCUCUCCCAGAUGGACCCCCAACUCUGCCUGCUUCUGUUCACCCGCUGCGUGAGCCGCCGCACCUCGUUCCUGGUUAGAGUCACGCCCCCCGAGGCCCUGCCGUUGGAGGAGUGGUCGGCCUAG